AUGCUCUUUAGCGGCGCAUUCGGCGCCCUCGUUAUGUACUCGAUCCUCCGCUCGAGAGACGAGCAUCGCCGGCAUUCGCACGGUCGACAAGCGUACGAACAGAAGCCAACGGGGCACGAAGCAAUCCCGCAAUCUGCCCAGCACACGACCGCACAAAGAGGAGCGAGACAGCAAGUGGAGACGUGCAGUCCAGAAUCUCCCGAACAACCAACAUCGCAAACCCCCGGACCUCCUCGGGUGGCAUACGUACCCCGAGAGGUCAUCAGAGAAGUCGUUGUGGACUGUUCUUGCAAGUGUGCUUGUAAAGCGCCGGAGAAACCGGACCUACAGAGGUCGUUUUGGAGUCUCGAUCAGGGCACCUUUGUGGCAGCAGCGAGAGACAAGGAGGCAAAGAAGAUACAGGAGAAGCGGAGAGAAGAGGUUGGUGUAUUCCGCGUGGUCAUUGGACUUGAACAUCUCCACUCUGAAUUGAUAAGCCGAGAGGAACCAGACGAUAUCGCAAUGCGUUGA